CGUGGGGGCGGAGCCGGCAGAGGAGCGGCGCGCCCAUUGGUCAGCGUGUGCUGUUGGUACUCUGGGAGGAUGCAGGGGGAGCGGGAUGCAGCAUCCCUCCAUCCCUCCAUCAGCGCGGAGUGAACGGGGCGAUGCUGAGGAGGAGGAGGAGUGUGUGAUGCGGAGGAGGAGUGUGUGUGCGGGGUGUGUGUGCCUGUGUGUGAGGGUGCUGUCACGGAGCAUGGGCGCGCGCGUUUGAGGGGCGUUUGGAGCAUGAUUCACAGCCAGGUGAUACUGUUCCAGAACUUGUACCAGAACCGGUUUCUCGGGCUGGCGGCCAUGGCCUCCCCGUCUCGCUCCUCGCAGGGCCGGCGCCGGAGCAAGGACCCCAUCCGGCACAGCUUCAACCCAGAGCACUUCCCCAACGUAAACUUUCAGAACGGCGUUCCCGAGGAGCUGGCGGCCACCCUGCCGCGCUCCACCAGCGACACGGACCUGGUGACCUCGCACAGCCGCUCCACGCUGACCGCCAGCACCUCGCACUACGCCAUCGGCCAGUCGCCGGACAUCACCCUCACCUGGGACAUCAAGGAGGAGGUGGACGCCGGCGACUGGAUCGGCAUGUACCUCAUUGACGAGGUGCUGUCAGAGAACUUCCUGGAUUAUAAGAACCGCGGCGUCAACGGCUCGCACAAAGGCCAGAUCGUGUGGAAGAUUGAGGCCAACUCCUACUUCGUGGAACCUGAGACCAAGAUCUGCUUCAAGUACUACCACGGGGUGAGCGGAGCACUGAGGGCCACCACGCCCAGCGUGACUGUGAGGAACCCAUCAGCACCGGUGUUUAAGCCGGUUGCCGUGGACGACGUGCCUCAGAGUCAGGGCAGCAGAAGACUCAUCAGCUUCUCGCUCUCAGAUUUCCAGGCUACAGGGCUGAAGAAGGGCAUGUUCUUUAACCCUGACCCUUACCUGAAGAUCGCCAUCCACCCAGGCAAGCACAGCAUCUUCCCAGCGCUACCCCACCACGGCCAGGAGAAACGAUCCGGCAUCGUCUGCAACACCAUCAACCCCGUCUGGCAGAGAGAGCGGUUUAAUUUCGUGUCUCUGCCCACUGACGUGCUGGAGAUUGAAGUGAAGGAUAAAUUUGCGAAGAGCCGGCCCAUCAUAAAGCGCUUCCUGGGUAAACUGUCCAUGCCUGUGCAGAGAUUACUGGAGAAGCAUGCUAUCGGGGACAGAGUGGUGAGCUACACUUUGGGUCGGCGGCUACCGACAGAGCAUGUUAGCGGGCAGCUACAGUUCAGAUUUGAGAUCACCUCCUCCAUCCACCCAGAUGACGAGGACAUGUCCCAGAGCACAGAGCCCGAGUGCUCCACGGUCCCUGAGGAGCCUGAGCAGGAGGCGCUGGAGGCGGAGGAGCGUCCCGGUCUGGCCCAGGCCGAGGACGCCAUGAGCCUGGACCAGGGAGCUCCUGAGCUGCCUCUGGACGGGGACGCGUCCACUGCGGCAGCGCCCAUGGACGUGGAGACAGGGAUGGGGCCCUCAGACCUGGAGGAGAGCCGGACUGAGAAUCAGGGGGUGGAGGAGGCGGAGCCUGUUGCUGGGGAGACCAAUGAGGAGGAGGAGGAGGAGGAGGAGGUGUUUGAGGGUAAUGGUCCAGAGCUGCAGCAGGAUGGUGGAGUGACCGAGAUGGAGCUCGGAGAUGCUGCUCAAGAAAAUGAAGAAUCUGGCCGGCCUGAGGUUAAUAGAGAAGUCGUCGCUAGCGCAUCAGCUGUUAGCAAUUCUGCUGAAACCGCUCCAGCGCCCCCUGCUGUAGUGGAGGAUAUGGAAAGUGAAACAGCAGUGGAAUCUGAACCUCAGCUGUCCUCUUCUGAAGACAGACUUUCAGCAGAUGGUGAGGAGGCGGAGCUUGAUGACGGAUGCCCGCUCCGGGUCAGAACGACGCCGCGGAGGAAAAACCGACCGUGUUCACUUCCUGUUUCCGAGUUGGAGACGGUUAUAGCCUCGGCGUGCGGGGAACCGGAAACGCCACGUUCCCACUACAUCCGCAUCCACCACCUGCUCCACAGCCUCCCGUCCAAUCAGCAGCAGUCGGCUGAGGAGCCUGCAGGAAACGAGGAGGUGCUGGAUCAGACUGAGGAGCCGAGGGGUCCGGAGGAAGAGGAGGAUCAUGAGAAUGUGAACAAUGCAAAUGAAAAUGACGAUGAAGAUGAAGACGAGGAAGCUGCUAUAAUGCUAGAGCCCCACCCCCUCACCCCCGACGGAAUGCCCCACCCUCGCCGGACCCUCCCCCGCAGCCGCUCCCACCAGCGACUCUCCGACCUCAUCCAGAUGCUGGACGGCGAGGGUCGGCCGCCGGGGGGCGACGGUCAGGCGGAAGGUCAGAGGUCACCUGGUGAGAGCGAGGGCGACCUCAGCCCGGUGCCCUGCUGCAGUCACAUGAUCCAGAGGGGCAUGGCACCCAUGCGGGCGGCGUCUCUGGACAGCGCCCGUCGCUCCGAGAGCACCGUCUUCUCCUCGCAGGAGGAGGAGGACGAGACCGACGUGAUGAACGGGGUCCUCGGACUGGAGGCGGAGCUAGGCCAGGGGGCGGAGUGUGGAGAACCGGGGGAGGGUGACCCCCAGUGGGAGGAGGCGACAGACGCCCAGGUCCAGAGUCCCCACGCCAUCGUAGGUAAUGGAGAGUCUCCGGUGGCUGGAACCAGUAACAGGAGAGAGUGUCCUCUUCCAUGUAGCCAUCCUGCAGUCAGCCAGCUUCCUGCACUGAGGCCUGACCCACACCAUUACCCCACCAUCGACGAGCCCCUGCCCCCCAACUGGGAGGCGCGUAUAGACAGCCAUGGCCGCGUGUUCUAUGUGGACCACAUCAACCGCACCACGACCUGGCAGAGGCCCACCACAGCCGCCACUCCAGACGGCCUGCGCCGCUCCAGCUCCAUCCAGCAGAUGGAGCAGCUCAACAGGAGGUAUCAGACCAUCCAGAGGACCAGAGAGGCUCCAGAGCGGAGGGAGGAGGAGGGGGGAAGCCCUCGAGCUGAGAGAACAGCCAGCACUGAGACUGACUCUCCUCCUCAGACCAGCGAGCAGAGAAGAGAUGGGCCCUGCUCACCAGGACACUGUCAGAAGAUCACCCAGCUUCUGCAGAGCCCUGCCGUCAAGUUCAUCACCCACCCUGAGUUCUUCACCGUCCUCCACGCCAACUACGGUGCGUACCGCAUGUUCACCAACAGCUCGUGUCUGAAGCACAUGAUCCUGAAGAUCAGGAGGGACGCGCGUAACUUUGAGCGCUAUCAGCACAACCGCGACCUGGUCACCUUCCUCAACCGCUUCGCUGACUCCCACAUGGAGCUGCCCAGAGGCUGGGAGAUCAAGGCUGACCCUCAGGGAAAGUCUUUCUUUGUGGAUCAUAACAGUCGUGCCACCACCUUCAUCGACCCCCGAAUCCCCCUGCAGAACGGCCGGCUGCCCAACCACCUCACACACCGGCAGCACCUGCAGAGACUGCGCAGCUACAGCGCAGGAGAGGCGUCGGAGGUGUCCCGCACUCGGGGGGUGUCUCUGUUAGCGAGGCCUGGGAACAGCUUAGUAGCAGCCAUACGAAACCAAAGCCAACAGGAGCCAGUGCCAUUAGCGUACAACGAUAAGAUCGUGGCAUUUCUCCGGCAGCCCAACAUCUUCGAGGUGCUUCAGGAGAGACAGCCCAGCCUGGCCAGGAACCACUCGCUCAAGGAGAAAGUUCACCAUAUCCGCACAGAGGGCACACAGAGGCUAGAGAAGCUGUCCUGUGAUGCUGAUCUGGUCAUGCUGUUAAGUUUGUUUGAGGAGGAGAUCAUGUCCUACGUUCCUCUGUCCACGUUUCACUCCGGCUUCAGCUUCUCCCCCCGCUGCUCCCCUGGCUCCUCCCCACAGAACUCUCCAGGAACUCAGAGAGCUCGAGCUCCAGCGCCGUACCGCCGAGACUUCGAGGCCAAACUCCGCAACUUCUACAGGAAACUGGAAGCCAAGGGCUACGGACAAGGCCCGGGAAAAAUCAAGCUGAUCGUGAGGAGAGAUCACCUGCUGGAAGGCACCUUUAACCAGGUCAUGGCCUACUCACGCAAAGAGCUCCAGAGGAACAAGCUCUACAUCACGUUCGUCGGAGAGGAAGGGCUGGAUUACAGCGGACCCUCACGAGAGUUCUUCUUCCUGCUUUCUCAGGAGUUGUUUAACCCCUAUUACGGCUUGUUCGAGUACUCAGCUAACGACACCUACACCGUCCAGAUCAGCCCCAUGUCUGCCUUCGUGGAGAACCACCUCGAAUGGUUUCGUUUCAGUGGUCGUAUUCUGGGCCUGGCGUUGAUUCACCAGUACCUGUUGGAUGCCUUCUUCACACGGCCAUUUUAUAAGGCUCUCCUCAGACUAGCGACUGACCUCAGUGAUCUGGAGUACCUGGACGAGGAGUUUCACCAGAGUUUACAGUGGAUGAAGGACAAUGACAUCACUGAUGUGUUGGAUCUCACCUUUACUGUCAACGAGGAGGUCUUCGGCCAGGUAACAGAGAGAGAGCUGAAGUCAGGAGGAGCCAACCUGCAGGUAACGGAGAAGAAUAAGAAAGAGUAUAUAGAGCGGAUGGUGAAGUGGAGGGUGGAGCGGGGCGUGGUCCAGCAGACGCAGGCUCUGGUCCGAGGUUUCUAUGAGGUGGUGGAUUCUCGGCUGGUUUCAGUAUUUGAUGCCAGAGAGCUGGAGCUGGUCAUCGCUGGAACUGCAGAGAUUGACCUGAACGACUGGAGAACCAACACAGAAUACAGAGGAGGUUACCAUGAUGGGCACAUUGUGAUCCGGUGGUUCUGGGGGGCGGUGGAGCGUUUUAAUAACGAGCAAAGGCUUCGGCUGCUGCAGUUUGUGACGGGAACGUCCAGCGUGCCGUACGAGGGAUUCACGGCGCUGCGCGGGAGCAACGGCCUGCGACGCUUCUGCAUCGAGAAGUGGGGCAAAAUCACCUCCCUGCCCAGGGCUCACACGUGCUUUAACCGCCUCGAUCUCCCCCCGUACCCAUCCUACACCAUGCUGUACGAGAAGCUCCUGAUUGCUGUGGAGGAGACCAGCACUUUUGGUCUUGAGUGAGGCUCUCCGUCGCUCCAGUUCACCAGUGGGCGGCGUCCUCCUUUGGUUUAUUGUUGAUCUGUACAGUACGGGACACCGUUGCAUGCAUCACUCACCUGUGCACACGGCGUGCGUUGUGUGGGGACGGAUGUGCACCAUGCAAAGCUGCGUAUGCAAUACGAAACGAAAGCCUUCAGCCUCCUCUAACUCUCAGGGCCUGGACCUCUGCUGCAGAACACCCCACCCACUCCAGGGGGGUGGAGCACUGCGGCGACUGACCACUGAUCGCUGACGACCAUUCACGGGAAAUCAAAAAACGUCUUGGUUGCAGCUUCAGUCAGUUUCUAGGGGAUUAAUGCGGUCAGUAGUCUGGAGUUCACGAACAGUUUCUUCCAAAGUGGUUAAUUAACACGUCCUCGUAAUGGUAUACGUGCACUAGCGCUGAAUUUGGCGUCUAUUUGGCGUGAAAAUGGCGCUAAAGCAGCAAAAGCUGCACCAACGCAAGUUGACGCACCACACUAACGUCCACUAUCGCCCCCUGCAGGAACCAGAAGGAAGUGGGCCAGGAGCUCAGUGCAUAAAUGCAUUGCAUAAAUGCUCAAUAUUCAUGCCACGUUUCUAAAUAUACAUAUAUAUAUAUAUAUACAUAUAUAAAUAUCUAAAUAUACAUACAUGUUUCUACUGUGGAGGCAACUUGACCUGAAUUGUACCAUGAAUCAUGAAUCAUACACUAUUCAUACACUAUAUUGACAAAAGUCAAUUGGGAAUUGGGACACCUAUUCAUUCAUUAAUUUUUUUUUUUUUUUGCUUUCUUUCAAAAUCAAGGGUUUUAAAAAUAGUUUUCAGAUUUAGAUUUGAAUGACGCCGGGACGUUGUUUAAAUGUUUCAAUAGCAACGUUGCUUAUGAAUAUAUCUACGCCGAUGGGCAUGGUGGUUUGGAAAUGAGGUUCAGCUGUUCAGGUUAAUUUCUGAUGUAUUGCUAUCUUGGCAUUGGAAAACACAGGUGCGCCACUUACUGAUUAAAACCUGGAUGUUCAUUAUUUACUGGAAAUCACGUUUUGGUUGCAGCUUCAGUUCCUAGGGGAUUAAUGUGGUCAGUAGUCUGGAGUUCAUGAACAGUUUCUUCCAAAGUGGUUAAUUAACCCGUCCUCGUAAUGGUAUACGUGCACUAGCUCUGAGUUUGGCGUCUAUUUGGCGUGAAAAUGGCGCUAAAGCAGCAAAAGCUGCACCAACGCAAGUCAACGCACCACACUAACGUCCACUAUCGCCCCCUGCAGGAACCAGAAGGAAGUGGGCCAGGAGCUCAGUGCAUAAAUGCAUUGCAUAAAUGCUCAAUAUUCAUGCCACGUUUCUAAAUACACACACAUAUAUAUAUAUACAGGUUUCUACUGUGGAGGCAGCUUGACCUGAAUUGUACCGUAAAUCAUGAAUCAUACACUAUUCAUACACUAUAUUGACAAAAGUCAAUUGGGAAUUGGGACACCAAUUCAUUUAUUAUUAUUAUUUUUUUUUUUUGCUUUCUUCCAAAAUCAAUUAUUUGGGUAUUAAAAAUAGUUUUCAGAUUUAGAUUUCGGAUUUUGUUGGAUUGAGUAGCUGUCUCUACUUUGGAGCAUUGCUGUAAGGAUUUGAUAGCAUUCAGCACAACUUGAAUGAGGCCAGAACAUCAUUUAAAUGUUUCUUAAAUGUUUAACAGCAAUGGUGCUUGUGAAUAUAUUUAAGCCGAUGGCCGUGGUGGUUUGGAAAUGAGGUUCAGCUGUUCAGGUUAAUUUCUGAUGUAUUGCUAUCUUGGCAUCGGAAAACACAGGUGCGCCACUGACUGAUUAAAACCGAAGCAACAGUCAGACAUUUAUUAUUAUCUUGGCAGUGAACUGGCAACACAGACCUAUUUCCAAUGCAUGUACACCCCCGCUUGUCACGCACACAUGGACACCCAGCAGUGCACAAACCCAUAGCGCGUGCCUGUUGGCAGCUAUGCAAACUUUAACAUAAAAAAUAAACAGGUUAAACGAGCGUGAACGAGCUUGUGAUUUGAAAGAGAAAUAAAGAAGAAACAUUGAAUGAAAAGGUGUACCCAAACUUUUGACUUCAUCCAUUCCUAGCUCCUCCUAUCAGGGGUCAGUGUGUGUGGCCUUCUCACCUCCUCUAAGAAGAUAAAAUCCUGUUUUUUUUUUGUUUUUUUUUUUUGUCUAAAAGGGAAAAUUUAGGCCACACUAUGUACUUUUAUGUAAUAUAUCAGGUGCAGUACAUGGCAGGCCUACCAAUGUUUGAGCACCACCGCGGGCAAACGUCACUCCUUGAAAGAUUGUGAACACAUUUAUUUAUUUAUUUGAUUGUUUAUUUAUUCAUAGGCUUGGUUGUAAAAAGGUCUGAAGAAGUCUUCACCUCAUAAGUGUGCGAUUUGUCUUGAGCACAAUCACAAUCAGUGGCAUAAAUAUGUGUGUACUGUCUGUUCAUUGAUUCUUGUUGCAGUGUUUCACAACCCUGGUCCUGAAGAACCUACCUAUGGCACCAUAUCAAUUUUAGUGGUUGGUGUGGCGUAGUGGAUAACUCUACCAUGUGAGACUAGGGUUCAAUUCCAGGUCUGGGUGACUAAAUGCUGCUCUACACCAAUGAGAGUCCUUGGGCAAGACUCCUAACACUACAUUGACCCUGUACAGGGGUUGGACAAUGAAACUGAAACACCUGUCAUUUUAAUGUAGGAGGUUUCAUGGCUAAAUAUGACAUUGCACCAGUAAGAGCAGAGUGUGAAGGUUCAAUUAGCAGGGUAAGAGCACAGUUCGGCUCAAAAUAUUGCAAUGCACACAACAUUAUGGGCGACAUACCAGAAUUCAAAAGAGGACAAAUUGUUGGUGCACAUCUUGCUGGAGCAUCUGUGACCAAGACAGCAAGUCUUGUGAUGCACCAAGAGCCACGGUAUCCAGGGUAAUGUCAGCAUACCACCAAGAAGAACCAACCACAUCCAACAGGAUUAACUGUGGACGCUGUAAGAGGAAGCUGUCUGAAAGGGAUGUUCGGGUGCUAACCCGGAUUGUAUCCAAAAAACAUAAAACCACGGCUGAACAAAUCACGCAGAAUUCAAUGUGCACCUCAACUCUCCUGUUUCCACCAGAACUGUCCGUCACCACAAUAAAUUAUUGUGGUCUAAAACCAGGUGUUUCAGUUUCAUUGUAAAACCCCUGUACCUCUAUAAUAGAAAUAACCUUGUAAGUCACUCUGGAGAGCGUCAGCUAAUGUAAAUGUAAAUGUUGCGGAGACACAAAAACAUAAACCUGCGAGUUUUAACAUUUCCUUCUCGCAAACACACCUGUGAAACUCGUGAGCACAAAAAAACUAAAUCCAAACAAAAAAAAAAUCUCUCUGAAGCUUCGAUUUUCUUCUUUUCUUUUCUUUCUCAAGUGUUUAUUUUCCUUCUCCACUUCACAGUUGUCCUUGUGUACUAUGCACAUUACUUGUGGCUGUGAGUAAAGUUCUUGUUUGCUCGAGUAAAGUUUUUGCGUGCAGUGAAGUGUAGAUAGGGGUGGUUUUGACAGUUUGGGGGUGGGGUCGGGGUCAUCUCCCUAUUAGCUAUUGGCUAAUAUCUCCAGCCAAACUUUGGGUUUAUCUAAAUCAGGGGUGUCCAAACUUUUUUUGUUGGGGCCAGAAGGAGAAAUAUAAAUGCAGUCACAGGCCAAAGACUCUGUAAUAAAACAAUGAAAUAUACCACUUAUAAUACAUGUUCUUGAUUACAAUCAUUUACACACCAUUUUACUUGAGUUACUAUUUUUUUCUAUCUUUGACAGUUUUGUUUAAACUAAGAUUUUCAAAAUGAUGUUUCGUUUCAUAAUGUUUCUUAAUAUUAUACUCUUAUACUCCUAAUUAGGUAACUGAUUCCUGACAAAUUAAACAUACACACUUCCCUCAGAGCUCAGUUAAAAAAUAGUAAUUUUCCCAACAUGCCUGAAAUUUUCUGCAUUUGCUGUCCAUUUUUCUUUCCUUUAGAAUUGUUAGACUCUUUGGCCCGUUUCUGCACUACCACUGAGCACUCUUGACUCUUUUAGACUCUUUGGCUCGUUCUCUGCACCACAACUGUGCAUUCUCGCCGCUUUUAGACUCUUUGACCCGUAUUCUGUGCUACGACUGAGCCCUCUCGCAGCUUGUAGACUCUUGGUUCGUUUCCCGCGCUACAACUGAGCACUCUCGCCACUUUUAGACUCUUUGGCCCAUUUUCUGCACCACAACUGCGCACCCUCUCCGCUUUUAGACUCUUUGGCUCGUUUACUGCGCCACAACUGCGCAUUCUCGCCGCUUUUACACUCUUUGGCCUGUUUUCUACGCCACAACUGUGCACUCUUGCCACUUUUAGACUCUUUGGCCCGUUUUCUGUGUUACAACUGCGCACUCUCACUGCUUUUAGACUCUUUGGCCCGUUUUCUGCGCUACAACUACGCACUCUUGCUGCAUAUAGACUCUUUGGCCCGUUUACUGCGCCACAACUGCGCAUUCUCGCCGCUUUUACACUCUUUGGCCCAUUUUCUACGCCACAACUGUGCACUCUUGCCACUUUUAGACUCUUUGGCCCGUUUUCUGUGUUACAACUGCGCACUCUCACUGCUUUUAGACUCUUUGGCCCGUUUUCUGCGCUACAACUACGCACUCUCGCCACUUUUAGACUCUUUGGCCUGUUUUCUGCGCCACAACUGCGCAUUCUCGACGCUUUAAGAGUCUUUGGCCUGUUUUCUGACACCUAGCGUUUAUUUUUGAAUCUCACAUUAUAAAACCUGCUUAACAGCGGGCCAACUUUCAUUUUAUUUCUAAAAUACCUCGUGGGCCACCUCAAAUAAGGAAACGGGCCGCAAAUGGCCCGCGGGCCUUAGGUUGGACACCCCUGAUCUAAAUAAUUGGACCAUAUAAACAAACGCAAAAAAACGUUGUGAAAACGCAAAAAAAAAAAAAACUGAAAUUUAUUAACAGUACAGAAUUAUCUGAGUUAUCUGAAUUAUCUGAACGUUUGACUGAAAAUCAGCCACUUCCUGUUCUCCAGCACUUCUCCAGGGUUGAGAAACACUGCCACAAUAAAAUCUGCCGACUUCAAAUUCAUGUGUUUUGACAAUACAUGCUUGUGUCUUGUGUACAGUCCAUAUUUCUGAGAAUCUCUAUCUCUAAGUUAGAUUAAUGUAAAUGAAAGUAUCUGGGCUGCAUUAAGACACAGUAUAAGAUGGGUAUAUGAUUGCAGCACUGAUUUAUUUAAUUGAUUGUGUCUCUAUUCCAACAUUCACCAACAUUUUCGGGUAUAACAGAUACAGUAUAAGGUAUUGAAGUGCAUUUGUAUUUAAAAUAUUCCGAUCUAGAUGUUAUAUACUUGGAUGUACUGUAUAUUGAAUGUGUAUAUAAUUGUCUAUACAGUAUGUGUAACUUCAGAAAAUCUCACUUUUUGAAACGCAAUGUACGUAGUAGGGAUUAAGAUAUUCGUUUUUUUUAUUCUAUUCAUAUUCUUAUCUACCGUUUCUUCAGAUAUGGUUGUAUAACUGCAUCAUGCUAUGCACCUUUUAGUCCAAACUCUUAAGCAAUGCAAUUUUUGCAUCAAGCGUCGAGGCCUUCUGUUUGAUUCUUUUUUUUCCAAAGUCGCUCAUUUUUUUAAGCCCUCCGAGAAGAAUGUGGCUCAAACGGGACUGAAAAAACUCAAACGUAUGGAACAAACUGCCUCAAAGCGCUCACCCCGGACAGUUCGGAGAAGGCUUGGGCUCUCGCCUCGUCCUCGUAGACUCUCACGGUCCUAACGGCUAGUUAUGUUGCACUGUGUUCAUCAGGUCUCCAUCAUAUGCGUCGGUUUUUGUAUUCUGAAUGGAAAGUCGUUCACAGCUCUUUCUCAGGCCGAGCUCUGUAUAAAGCAUAGCACUGUUGAAGAAUGUCAAUAAACAAUCACUUUGUAAUGCA